AUAUUUUUCGUUAUCAAAGACUCAAUCCGCUUGGUGUCAGAGUGAGUGAAAGGUGCGAGAGGGCAAGAUAAGCACGUUGGUCUAGAUAUAUUGCUGCAGUUUAUAUCAAAGAAUCACCCUCGUUCGUAUCGGAAGAUAGAUUCAUCUCAUCAUCGUUACAGCACACGGAUCAAAUACCACCAAAAUGAAGGUGACGAUUUUCUUCCUAGCUUUGGCGUUGGCAGUGUCGUUGGGAUAUGGUUAUGAUGAGGAAGAAUUUGAUGAAUACAUGCUUGAAGAUAUGCUUGAAGAUGAUGAUUUAGAUUUGGAUGACGUGGAGCUGCAGAACUGGUUUAAGAAGGCUUUCAACAAGGUGAAACAUGCAGGAAAGACGAUCGGGAAUGACAUAAAGAAAGGAGUCAAAUCUGGGUGUGAUGUCGUCAAUCAAAUUCCUUCACGUGAUUUAGCCUAUAGAAUGUCAGUUGCGUUUCCGGAGAUGAUUUCAGAAGAAGACAUGGAAUAUGGCCUCUAUGAGACAGCUGAUGUUAAGAAGCUUGUAAAUGGCGUUCGCAAGGCUUGUGGCAUCAUUGGAUAAUUUCAUCAACGUGAGUCUACUACAGGCAAUAGCAAGUUCGCAGGAUGGUGAUCGAUACAGACCUACCAAACUUUAUUUCUUCACAAGUCCCACAUCUGGGGCCUGUCUUACAAAGAUUUGCGAAUGAUUCGAUCAAUCGCAUACAUGUAAAGCCAGCAACGUCAACAUCUAAAAUGCCUGUUAAUAAAUCAAAAUAUUUUCUAGAAAUUAUGUAUAUUCAUACAUUCACUGUAUUUUUGGCAAUUCAGUAUGUUUCUCUUUGUUUCCAAAGAAAAUUGAGCAAAUUUCCAAAAGAAAAAAUUAUGACAUUGAUGGAUUAUCAUAUACUUGAUUGAUCGGAUCAAUAGUAACUCUUUGUAAGACGGGGCCCUGAUAUUUGGAUCACAACCUUAGGUAUCAAAUUUACACAUCGGACACUGGUGUAAAGAUUGAUGUGGUGUACUGUGCAGACGUUCUUGUUAACUUUACAACACAAAUUUUGCAGUGUAAAUCGAGCUCAGAAGAAUAAUCGUACGUUUACUUCAAACCGUUUACAUCUCUCUCCGUGCAGUGAACAUUAAUCUACUAAAUGUUACUUGAAUAUAUCAUUAAGGAAUAAAGAAAAUUAUGAAAUUAAUACGUGAUUAUUUGUAUGAUCACUGGGUUUUGUUUUUUUUCUAGACGAUUCAGCCAGAAAAAAACUUCUUUAAACUCCGAUCGUAAAAAUAGAAUACCGCAAAAUUUAUUAUCGAUCAAAGCACUUCUGUACUUUGAAAGAGUGGGUCAUCAAGACACACUGUUUAAGGUAUUUGUAUAAUAUUAUCAAGAAUCAGACAUCAUUAAAUAAAAAGAUAAUAAAUCAAAUCUUAUCUGGUGAAUUUGAAUACAAUGACAAGAUCGAACUUUGACACAAAGUAUGGAAUGGUAAAUACUGUAUCGCUCUCUGUGGACGUGAUAUGUAAUAAAAAUCAGCCAUUAAUACUUGAAACCAUAA